UUACUCAAUUAGCCAUGGAAGCUCCUAACCCAUGGCUCUUACCCUUCUUCCUCCUCCUCCUCGCCGCCGCAUUCUCCGAUCAACUUCCGCCGUCCUCCGCCCAAUUCCCCUUCCCGGAAACCACCUCCACCGCAGUUCCCGACCCAUCUAAAUUCUUCUCCCCCUCCCUCCUCUCCUCCCCACUUCCAACGAAUUCCUUCUUCCAAAACUUCGUCCUCAACAAUGGCGACCUGCCGGAAUACAUUCAUCCAUAUCUCAUCAGAACCGCCAAUUCUUCCCUCUCUGUUUCAUACCCAUCUCGUACUUCCAAUUCCUCGAUCACCCAGUUGCCGUUUUCCCCCGAUCUUACCAUUUCCUCUGUUUCUAACAAAACCCAUUUCGUCUCGUCGUUCAGUGACCUCGCCGUUGAUUUAGACAUCGGGGAUUUCAGAUUUCAUCUCGUUCGUGGAAGCCCUUACUUGACUUUCUCUGUUUUGAAAACCUCCUCUGUUUCGAUCUCUACCGGCGGCAAUGGCGUUGGUUCUGUUGAUUCUUAUGAUGAUUCCACUAAACAUAUAAUCCGGUUGAGCAACGGCCGGACUUGGGUGGUUUAUUCCACGGCGGCGAUUUAUUUAAUGAAAGGUAAGAGCUCUGAGAUUGUUACUUCCGGUGGAUUUUUCGGCGUGAUUCGGGUUGCUGUGUUGCCAAAUUCCGCGGCGGAAACAGAGCAAAUUCUUGAUCGGUACAGUGGGUGUUACCCUGUUUCUGGGUAUGCGAAAUUGUCUGGAAGUUUUGGGUUUUCGUAUAAAUGGCAGAAGAAAGGAAGCGGCGGUCUUCUCAUGUUAGCUCAUCCGUUACAUCGCCGUGUCUUGUCGGAAAAUUUAACUGUUCUUCAGAAUUUUAAAUACGGCAGUAUCGACGGCGACCUUGUCGGCGUCGUCGGAGAUUCAUGGGAUUUGAACUUCGCUCCGAUUCCGAUCACUUGGCAUUCAAUUAACGGAAUCGAGAGAAAAUUCUUUCCGGAGAUCGUUGCUGCUCUGAAACACGACGUCGGAACUUUAAACGUUACAGAGCUUUCGUCAACGGCAGCGUCGUAUUUCUACGGGAAGUUGCUAGCCAGAGCUGCGAGAUUGGCAUUGAUCGCCGAGGAGGUGGAUUACGCCGCCGGUGUCAUUCCGGCAGUGGUGAAAUUCCUUAAAACAGGGGUCCAGCCAUGGCUGGACGGGAAAUUUGGGAGAAAUGGGUUUUUAUAUGACCGGAAAUGGGCCGGAUUGGUGACGAAGAACGGCGCUACAAGCAAAACAGAGGAUUUCGGAUUCGGAAUCUACAACGAUCACCAUUUUCAUUUGGGUUAUUUUGUGUAUUCAAUCGCCGUUCUUGCAAAACUCGACCGGAAUUGGGGGAGUCAAUACAAAGCUCCGGCGUAUGCUUUGGUGUAUGAUUACAUGAAUUACAGAUCCAAAAACACCCAAUUUUCAAUUCCGUUCAGAAACUUCGAUUUCUGGAAGCUCCACUCCUGGGCCGCCGGAUUGACAGAAUUCCCCGACGGCCGGAAUCAAGAGAGUACAAGCGAGGCCAUCAACGCGUAUUACGCAGCAGCGUUGAUGGGUUUAGCAUACGGCGAUGAAUCCCUCACUGCCGUGGGAUCAGCACUGACGGCGGCGGAGAUUGCAGCGGCACAGACAUGGUGGCAUGUGAACAGGGGAGGAAGAAGCUCGAUCUACGACGAGGGAUUUACAGAGGAAAACAGAGUGGUGGGGAUUUUGUGGAGUGGAGCAAGGGAGAGUCGGCUGUGGUUUGCCACGGCAGAGUGGAGGGAAUGUAGAGUCGGGAUUCAGGUGCUGCCGGUGGUGCCGGUGACGGAGAGGGUGUUUGCCGAUGAGGGGUUUGUGAAGGAGGUUGUGGAAUGGGUGUCGCCGGCGUUGGAACGGGAGGACGCCGGAGAGGGGUGGAAGGGGUUUGUGUAUGCAUUGGAAGGGAUCUAUGAUAAGGAGAACGCUGUCGGGAAGGUGAAGAAGCUGAAGAAACAUGAUGAUGGGAAUUCUUUGAGUAAUCUUUUGUGGUGGAUUUACAGUCGGCCGGAGAGACAAGGUUGAAGACAAUGGCUCCGGACAUGUCGGAGUUUUAUUCGAUAAUUUCCCACGUGUUUCACGUGUGUCCAUUUCAAAAUAUAUAUUUAAUUUAUCAAUUAUUAAUUACUUUGUUUCUAUUACUCGAAAAUAAAAAAUCAAUCAAUUCAACA